AUGGAAGACGACGACAUUUGGGCAUCAAGCGAUGAGGAUGUCGCAACUUACGAUCGUGAGAUUGCUCAACGCGAAUGGGAUAAACUCAACAUGAACCACGGCAAUGAAGGAUACAAGGAAGGAAUCAGCGAAGCCAAAGAAGAAUACAUGCAAGAAGGAUUCGAUCGCGGGUAUAAGGAAGGACUCGAAAUGGGGAAAGCUAUUGGGAAGUUGCGUGGUAUUCUAUGCGGUAUCGAUGUCCAGCAUGUGUUCUCCAAGGAAUACUUUCAGGAUAACAAGGACGCAGAUCCCCGGUUGAUAGUAAAGCAAUGGGAAGAAAAGGUUCAAUCUUUGCUUGUCAAAUUGUAA